ACCACCACCUCAACUACCGCAGCAAGACCCUCGCCUCAGCCAGUGCGAGCUGUCGCAGCUGUUCACUUGCGCGCGCCAGUCUCAGGCCAGCAUGGCGCAGGCGGCCGCGCCGCUGUGGCUGGCGCUGAUCCAGGAGCGCCUGGCCGAGCGCGAUGUGCGCGAAGGCGCACUGAACGAGGUCAUCGCCUCCUACCAGCGCCUCUCGCAGUACGUCGUGGCCGCGCGCAAGACGCAGAGCAGCCCGGCAGCUCGGCCGUCCGUGGCGACGCCGCCUCCAGCGCCUCCUGCUGUUGAUGCGACGCCCACGAAGCGUGCGCCUGGUCCUGUCAGCGAUGCAGACUCGACUGCGCUCCGCGCCGAGCUCGCUGAGAUGUACAAGACGCAGUCGGCCAAUGCCCAGCGGCUGCUGAGCCUCACCGACGCGCUCGCCGCGCGCGAGGCGGCGCUGCGGCAGGCGCAGGAUGAGCUGGCGCGUUCAGGCGAGGAGCUUGUGCGUGUGCGGCGCGGCGAGGAGGAUGCACGGUUGGGCAUCCGCGAGAAGGAGAAGCUCGUCGAGCUGCUGCAAGACGAGCUCUCGGCGCUCUCGCUCGAGCUCAACCAGGUCGAGGCGCGCAACGACGCACUCAAGCGCGACAAUGCCUCGCUGCUGCAGCGCUGGCUCGACCGCAUGAACGACGAGGCGGCGGCGAUGAACCUGCGCACCGAGGAGGAGGAGCGGCGCGUGCAGGAGACACGGGCAGCGCGGGCAGAGGCAGGGCUGAGAGAGGCGAGCACAGACUCGGCGACUGGAGGCUAGGGUAAUGAUAGGAUUGCGUCACGACUCGGGCCGCCAGAGACGCAGCGUCAGGGCCUGCAGUGGGUGUCAGCCAACCGUCGUCGCCGAGACACGCGCGACGCACGUUCAAGAUCACGCUCGUGGACGACAGCGCCAUCGCGAGGCCGCUCCACGAGGGGCCGAGAGUAAAGUCGGUCGGCGCCAG